GUCGGAUAAUCGAUUUAUUCUUCAUGCACUCGCCGUUUGCUCGCAUGGCAUGGCGUCCAAUUCAACAACCAGUCGUCACACUCAGACACACACACACAGCAGACACGGACGCGGACAGGUCGCACACACACCGAUAAACGCGCGGCUGCCUUAUCUUAUCAUCGACUCGGUCUGUCCUUUACUCUCUGUGACAUCCACACAUCCACACAUCCAUCUGUGUACCCCCAGGGCCUUCUUACACACACACACACACACACACACACAGGUAAAAGCACUCACUCAGUGCACUCGGAGAAGGGCAGUCAGUGAGAUUUGUGACCCCAGACCAAACACCAUCCACCGCACACGACCGACAGGCGACGCUGAGAGCUUGUUGGAACCCUCAGCAGCGACCUGACCGCAGUCCACGGCAAAGGUGAAUGAUCUGUCUGUCUCACGCGACGCGAACACGCCACCACGAGUCGCGUGCUGUGUGUUGAGAUGUCCUGGCUGUUGCUGGGAAGUGUCUGUGUGGGUGUGGGUCGAUCUGUGCACCGCCUGCUGCUGCUCGUGGCGGCUUGGCGAUUACCAAGACACCACUUGCAACAGCAAGAGGGGGUCCAUCGACCCCACACACCACACAUCCAUUCGGCCAAAUAUCAGUGCUAGUCUCGGCGAAAAGAGCCCUGCCUGUCGCAUCGAUCGCAUCCACCGGCGACACAACGUGCGAUUCUUGCCUGCCUGAGAGAGCAUCACAUAGGGAGGGCCAACAGGGCCGUCCGGUCACUUGGGGGGUAAAAAGGCAGAGACGAUACACCGACGCAUCGCGAUAUACGCCACAUCACGCCACCCACGCCACGCGAGGCCACGCACACAGAAAUAACAGGUAAAUAAAAAUGAGGGUCACAGAAAGACACACAGGCAGGCAGGCAGGCAGGCAGGCAGGCCGGUGAAAGGUGUGCUGUGGUGGCUGCGUCGCGUGUGUGGGUGUGGUGUUUCGUUCUCUCUCUUUAUGCGAUGUGUGUGUGCACGCUUGAAAAAUAAUACUGAUGUGGUGCGAUCGAUAGACGAUAGAUAUGGACUCAUACAGUAAGUGAACCACCCAGACCAUCCAUCCAUCCAUCCCCCCCGUGUGUGUGCUCACACGUGGAUUCACACCGCCCCCCUCCGCUCCCCUCCCCCUCCCCCCGCCCCACAACCAAGACCCACUCACUACGGAUGGGAUGGCGACAGAUGGACAGAAACAGGUGGACAUGUUGUCAGUUGGUGGCAAGAAAGUCUCUCCACACCCAGAGAGGCUGUAGGUGGGUGGCAAGACAGACAGACAGGCGGACAGGCGGACAGCUAGGUAUACCAAUCCCCUCCCUCCCUCCCUCCCCCACCCCACUCACACCCCGCCAGGCACGCAAUGCGACUAGAUGAACUGUAGUGUAGUGUAGUGUAGUGAAGCUCACGCAGCCAUUGAUUGAAGGAUGACAUCGUUCUCUCCUCUCUCCUCCUCUCUCCUUCUCAAUCUCUUCUCUCAUCCAUCUCGUCCGCCUAUCUAUUCACACACUCUGUCUUCUCUACCCACCCCCUUCCACCCCCAACCAACACACACACACACACUCAGUGGAUGAAGGAGACCAUGAAUGCGAUGCUGCGAAACCUCACCCAACACCCCACCCAACGCCUUCUUCAUCUCUGUCUUCAUUUCGUUGUCAGGCCACAACCCACCACCCCACCCAGCAGCCACAAAAAUAGCCAGUCUGUGUGUGUGUGUGCGUCGGGGUGUCUCUGGCGGUCGGUCGGUCGGUCUGUCAGUCAGCGGCCGGCCACAAUCCCCCCCUCUCAGCCCAAUUGCAGUCUGCAGAGAGGGGGCAGGCCUGGCGCGCACACACGCACACACACGCACACACGACUGGCCACUCACACACCCACACACCCACCCCCAAACACACACGUAAGCACGAAAGACGUGUAGACGGAUGGAUGGAUCGAAUUACGCAUUACUGGUUGGUACACACACACACACAUCCAGCCUCCACCCAUCGGCUGCAUUUUCGUCAGUCACAAAUUGGUUGGUCGUUCCAUUUGUCUGUCUUGUCUGUCUGUCUGUGCGGGUCUCUUAAGAGACACAGAGGAGAUAAAAAGGGCUGCGUUGAACCACACACACACACAGAGAGGGAGGGAGGGAGGGAGAGAGAGAGGCUAGGCUAGGCUAGGAGUAAAAAGGGGUCUGGUGAGGCUCCGGCCAGCCAGACACCAGCUCACUACACAACACACCAUACCAUCCACACACCACACCACACCACACCACACAAGGCAGCUAGCUCAACACAGCCCAAUCCAUCCAUCCAUCCAUCAGUAAGCGCAUGUACGUUGCUGUACAACGCACCCACCCACACCCAUGGCCCAUUGCGCAUUAUACCCAUUAGACCCAUUCCCCAUAACACAUCCGCCCGUCCCUCAGCCCAGCUCAUCAGACGAGGUCAUCGCUCUCCUCCUCGCUCAUCUCGUCCAGCGCCGUAAACAUUAUCGGCACGCUCGGACCCUCCGCAAAUAUCCCAGCCGGCAGCAUCACGCCGCCAGCACCAGCCCCCUUGCCACCCCCAGUCCCACUGCUACUGCUGCUGUUGCUGUUGUUGUUGCUCACCUCGCUGGACUCAGACACACCAUUGCCCCCAUGGCCGUUGCUGCUGCUGUUGCUGCUGCUGGUGGUGGUCGCUGUGGUGCGGUGGUCCCACGACGGUGGGCUCAUAAGGCCGGCAGUCGGGGUCGAGCAGGUCGUGGUCGGUGUCCACUGCCCACCACCACCAGAAGGGCUGCUGCGGCAAGCAGGCGGCGGCCGCGACCGCACGUGUGGGUGCGCAUGGGAGUGGGCGUGUGCGCGUGGCGACGCAGCCACACAAUGGUGACGGCGAAGUGACGCAAAUGGGGUGCUGGGUGGAGGAGGGGGCGGCAGGAACACCUCUUCCCUCCCCACAACAACAGCAGGGGCAGCGGCAUCAUCUCCUCUCUCUCUCUCCUUUGCGGCAGCACCAGACGCAGUGGGUGUGGGGGUCGGCUGCUCGCUGCCGCUCACAUCGCCCCAGUGACAUCGCGCCGGGGUCGGUGUGAGGGAGAGAGACAGCGGCGUGUCCGGGGGCGUGCUCGUGCUGGGGCUGCCGUCGCUCGCCACCAAGCUGCCGAUAGACGAUGACGCCGACGAGUGGGCUGAGGGGGAGGUGGGGAGGGAGAGCCGCAGCUUGAGCUUGGUGGCGAGCCUCCUGGGGGCGGGUGGCGACUGCAGUGACGCAAUCGACGCUGUCGGCGAAGCUGCGGCUGCGAGGGGGGGAGGGGAGGGGGCGUGCGGCAGGCUUAUGCUGAGAGUCAUCACAGGCGAGGCGUCUUCGCCAGCACCCCUCGGCUGACUCUCAACUCUCUGCAGACAGACAAGAGACGCAGACACACGGAGAGAGAGAGAGAGAGACCGUGUGAAUGCUCUGCUCUCUAUCUCUCUCUCUCGCUCUCCCUCGCACCUGCUGUCCGUGGGAUCGUCUGGGAGUCGGGCCAUGCACCGUGGGCGUGCUCGUGGGUGAGAGGAACCCCACCCCCCGGUAGUAUCUCUGCUGCCACUGCGCGAAUCCCCGGCCGCUCGACUCGCUCCCCCUCUCCAGAGGCACUCCAAGCGACCGGCCACACGGGGUCGGCGUCGACACUGAUAUGGGCGGCACGCUCACGCCCACACUGCGACGGACUGAGGGCGUGGUUGACGGCAGCAGGGGAGUGGUGUCCAUCUCGAUCUCGCCGCUCACGCGGUCGACAAUCCACUCACGGGGCGGCAGAGGGAUGGAGAGGCCCACCGAAGGCGACUGCUGCUGCUGCUCCUGCUGGGGCUGUGGCUGCUGCCGCCGCUGUGCUUCUUGCUUCUCGCUCCUGGAUGCGGGCGACGAAUCGGUGGCAGCAGCUGCUGCCAUGGCCACUGAUAAGGGCGAGGAUACCGGUGGCGGUGUGAGGGUGGGUACGGUGGGCGGGAUGGUGUGGUGGAUGAAGGGGUGCUGCAGGGCCUCUGCGGCCGUCAGCCGCUUCUGCGGAUCGGGGUUCAGCAGGUGCUGCAGCAGGUCCGUCAGGUGAGCUGACAGGGGGGCGGGAGAGGGAGAAGGGGAGGGGGAGGGGGAGGACGGAUCGCCCUUGCGGAUCGCACUGAUGAGCGAGCGAAUGCCACGAGUCAGGAAGUACCUGGACACACACACACACAUCAACCAGAGAGAGCGACGGAUGGUACUAAACAGACGUGGUGUGGUGAGAGUGGAGGGGAUGGGAGGUGUGCAGACCCGACGUACCGGUAUGCUCUGUCAGAGCAAGCGGCAAAUCGCCACGGGAGGCGCCCGACGGCGAGACCGAACCCCACCACCCCACACGCAAACACGUCCACAGGCGGACCUUCAUAGUGGCUCAGGUAGCAGCCACCGCCACCAUGGACACCACCAUCAGCGCCACCACCAGCACCAGCACCGCAAUCAGACUCCCUGCCCCUCGCGGCAGCCGCCCAUCUCGCAGCCGUCACCUCCGGCGCCCGGUAGCUCGGCUUGCCCACCUUGUCGGCAAAGGUGCGCUCGGCCCGGCCCUCCUCGCCCCACCGCCACUCAGCUUGGCCAAAGUCGAUGAGCCGCAGGUUGCCGUCCCGGUGCAGGACGACGUUCUCGAGCGAGAUGUCCCUGUGUGUGACGCCGAGGGCGUGCAAUGACGACACGGCCGAGAGGAUGUUGCGCAGGUAGGCCCGGCAGAGGCUCUCUGGGAGGGCUCGCUCGUGUGGGCUGCUCCUGCUGCUGCUGGUACUGGUGGGUGAUGGUGUGGAGGGGGAGGGGGAGGGCGCUGGAGAGGGUGUUGGAGAGGGGAUGGCGCUGGACUUGGUGGCGGUGGUAGAGGUCAGGACCUGCAGCAACUCGCCCUCGUGGCAGUAGUCGGUGACGAUGACAACGUCCUGACACGUGAUACAGGGAGAGACAUGUCGUCAUGCCAGCCAUGUGUAACAGCGAAUCGAAUGCCACACCCGUGCCAUCCCCACCGCCCACCCACGCCACGCACCUGCUGGUCGAUGGCCACAUCCAUGAUAUCCACCACCCCGUGUGUCUCGCCGCCGCCCUCCUGCAGCUGCACGUCCAUCAGAUACCGCGAGAUCCACGCCUCCUGCGGCACCGACGACCAAUCCGCAAAACUAGCGGCAGACACGGGCAUCUUCAGCCGCUUGAUCACAUGCAGCUCGUCGGUGAGGCGGUGCCGGGCGAGACACACCGAGGGACCCCUCUCCCUGUCUGAGAGGGUCCGCACAAGGCCGUAGUCGGCUGAGCUGAAGGUGGGGAGGGAGAGAGGAGGCGCUCCCACGCCUCCCUCUGUGUCGAGAUCGUUAUAGACCACCAUGCUGCUGUUCUCGUGUUGCUCUUGUCGUCGGAUGAUGCCGUGUCAUCCUUCCUCGGUUGUCGCGUCUUCCGUCGAGAGAUCAGAUCAGAUCACGUCACGCUGUGUCGAGAGAUCUUCGGGAGAUCAACCGGUGUAGACCAAAACAAGCGCACAGACAGACUGGGAGAGACCCAAAAGUCGGGAAGAGUCC